UUUAACGUGAGACGAUCCGAUGCAUGGCAUAUCCUCGAGUAAGAAAUGAGGAAUAAGAGAAUCCUUAUUACAGAAGAGAAUAGAGAUAUGCAUGCUUUGUAAAGGAUCGCAGCGAGUAAAGGCAAAAGGGAUGCAAUAUUAUAGUAAAAGAUCGACCAGAAUAGUAAAGUGAAUGGUCUCUCUCUCUCUCUCUCUCUCUAAUUUCAACUCUAGUAUUUUAGCUUAAUAAGGGUAGAGAUAGACAGCGAAUGAAUAGUUAAGUUUAAGUUUUUAACUUUUAAGUUUUUGAAUACAAAUUUAGUUUGGAAUCUCAACGGAAUUGCGACAGUAUUUUUUUCUGGUAUAUUUAUUCCUUAAUGAGGAGAUCAUUUCCUAAUUGGUUUACGCCCUUGGUUUUUACACAGAGCGAAAAGUUAUUAAAAGUGUAUACAUAAAAGUCAUAAAUAUAAAAAUGUAUUUAUUGAAUGAGCCAAAGGACGAGUGAGUGCUGCUAUUUAGUAAAGUUGUUAAAUACAAUAUCGCAUUUUUAUUUUACGACAUGCAAACCAACAAACCAAGGUGUGUUUAACGAGAGAAAAAAGAAAGAGGAAAAGGUGUAUAAAAAAGAUUAGCUAAGAGGCAGUGAGAAAUAAUAUUGGAGAUUUAUUAAGAUUUAUUAUUCGAGUUACGAGGAAAUAUAAAAUUUUGGUGAAUGAAGAAACCAAUUGAAGACUGUUCUGAGUUGGAGGAAGACGAAAAGUCGAGAUCGAGAUGGUCGCCGAUUGUCCUAAAUUUAUCCCCAAUAUCUUUAAUUCGUCAAAGUGUUCCAGUUGUUUUAAGACGAGGGAGGAACAUGGGGACAUAGCGUUGGACUCCAAGUCCUUGAGGAAAGUGGUGAAAUGCGGGUAUCUCUUUGUCGCUCCGAGGGACUGGGAUUUUUGCAAUCCUGCAGUUUAUCGGGCCAAGAGAUGGCAACGCCGUUGGUUCGUAUUGUGGACCGAUGACCAAUUAACGUGGUCCAUUGACGAUCAGUUGGACACCAUUCCUCAAGGAACUCUGGAUAUGAGGGAGAUCUUGGAAGUAAAAAAUGCAGAAGACAUCACCGAAAAUCCUUACAGCCUUGCCUUAACUGGAAAACAAGCCACCUUCAUUAAAGGCCAGAACAAUGAAGACAUUAAAUCAUGGCAAUCCGUCCUUACAAAAUAUGGCAAUAGACUUAUCACUACCGGAAAUGGCAAGAGAAGUCUCACUCUUCCAGGAGGAUUCGGGGGGUCGAGUUCAACAAGAUUUGAAACUGGAGUGGUCAUCGGGCCAUCAUCCCGACCAAGAUUUCACAGUGUAACAACUUCGAGUCCUAUUGGAUUAUUGCCCUCGCCAACGAGACCUUAUGGCAAGUCUACAUCUGUUAUUUACCCCAGCACCGCUAGUAGUGGGGGGGAUAAUGAUGAUGAUGACAGGGAUCAUCUCUUUAUUUCUUCCACCUCCUCCUCUCCAAUUUCAACUUUGGGAGCGGUCACGCCAAAAGUUUCUGCUGUUAAUUCUGCUCCUACAUCUUUCGGGAACAAUAAAAACGAUCACCAAAUUUCGGUUCCACAAGCGUCCCCCAUCAUUGCAAAUACAGCAGUAUCGACGACUACCACGACGAGCCGAUCUUUUUAUUUGUCCGUGUCAAAUGUUCCAACGGGAAAAUCGUGUCGAAGUUUCCCUGCCACAAAUCCUUCGCUGAGACCUUCACCAGCUUCAGCUCGACUUCUCUCAUCUACUAUUUUGCCUCCCUCCUCCUCCUGUGCUUCUCAAACUGCAUCUUCUACAGAUGAAGAAAUUCCUACUUCAUCAAUUACAUCCCAAGAAUUUGAAAAGCGAUUUGAAUCCGUGGAUGUUACGGACGAUUCGUGUCCAUGUCCAACUAAUUCGGUUCGAGCGCUUCGAGGUGAUCCGGAUGGAUGCGGUGGUCUAGAUAACUUAGAUGGUGGCCCAUUAAGGAAGGGAUGGCUACUUCGACAAACCAAUAGCGAUUGGACAAAACACUGGUUUGUCCUCCAGAAUAAUUCAUUAGUGUAUUAUGAAAAUUCUGAAGAGCUGAAUCCUUUGGGAAACAUUGAAAUUAAUGAAGACACAACCAUUAGACAAUUUGAAUCCAGUCGUCAUUACGGAUUUGAAGUCAUAAAUAAAUCGACGAUACAUAAAUUGUCUGCCAUCACUAAUGGGAUGAGAGGUAUUUGGAUGAAAGCAUUAGAGGCAGCCAAGAGCAGGCCUCGCAGUGCUGAAGAAAUUAUCCAAGAACCUUCCCCAUCUUCGAUUGCCAAUCCUCCAAGUCCUCCCUUGAAAUCAAAGAAGGCAAGAUGGCGAAAAAAGACGGACUUGAAACUAUUCGAAUCUCUAAAAGACGAAUUUAACGAGAGAGAAAGAGAAUUGGAGAAUUUCAAGAGAACGGAGCUUAGAGUCGACUCUCCUCGAAUGAGAGAACUCUUAAAAAGUCAAGCGUUGCAAAUUGACAAUUUUAGGACUCAAAUUUCCUCGGGAUUUAUGGAAAUUGAAAAAUUGGAGUUGUACUGUAAAAAUCGAGAGUCAGAGUACGGAGAAAGUUUAAAGUGCAAAGAUGAAAUCAUUGAAGAAAUUAAGGAAGCACUAUCUCAAGAAAUUUCAUUGAGAGAAAAAUUAAUGGAACAAUCUCGCCUGGUGCUCACGGAUUUAAAACGGGUAUUACGACAAACCGAGGAGGAAGCGGAUAUGGAAAAUAUUCACUGCAAGGAAAUAGAAAAUCUUUUGGAAGCGAGGAAUAUGCAGCAGUGUCAUGAAUUGGAUCUCCUUAAAUAUCGCUGUAAUGAUCUAACGGAAAAGCUAUAUCAGUCGGAAAAAACUGCCAAAAGUCUGAAAACUAAAUUAGGCCGGGUGAAAAGUCAAUCGUUAAAGGACAGGCAAAUUGAAUCAGAUGUGCUCCACAAAAUCAGCGAUUUGGAAGAAAAAAUUGGUAAACUUGAUGCAUCGACUCCGUUGUCACCCACAUCUCCAAGUUCCGGACCGAUUUCUUUAACAUCUCCAAUUCCAAGUCCUCGUGAUGGUGGAAGUGGAAUUGUAAAUGUCAUCAUGAAACUGAACGAUUUAGACCAAAGAGUGGACAAAGCAGUAGAUUCUUAUUGGUUCAGACGUGGUGAGCUGGAAGUGAUCGGAACAUGUCAAAACUGUCAACUGCUCGAGUUGGAGGUGCAGGAUCGUGAAGAGAGGUUGGACGCCUUGGAGGAAAAUUUGAUGCAUCUGGAAUCAGAUUUUAACAACAAAGUGAAGGAAUUGAAAGAAUUUGUCAAAGAGCAGCCCGUGAAUGCGGAAUCUCGUCCUAUGACGGCGCAAGCAGUUAGCAAAUAUCAAGCAGAAAUUGAACAACUAAGAAACCUAUGUGCUAAAGGUCUCGAAGCGAUGGAAAAUUCUCAUCGCAGGAUGGUCAUGGAACUCGAGGAGAAACACAGAAGAGAUCUUUUGGCGUUGAAAAUAGAAAAAGAAAAUGAGCUUGCAGAGGAGACUAAGGCCACACUUUCCGCAUUGGACGCAAUGAGAAAGAAUCACCAAAUGGAGUUGCAGAAAGAAAUUACAAAAUUCAAGGAAGAAUUCAUGUCCAAGUUUAGCACGGGUCAAGAUUUGACAGAUUUGCAUAGAGAACACGAGCAAGAAUUGACGGAAGUCAAGGACGAGAUUUUGAGGUUAUCGGACAAAUAUUCCUUAAAAUGUGUCGAAGCAUCCAAACUUGAGGAAACAAUUUCUUUCCUAAAAACGCAACUAAACGACGCAAAGAGACGAAUUUUAGACCAAGAAGGCAGUGAUUUCCAAAGCAUAAUUAGCUGUGCCUCAUCUGCCAAUAAGAAACCCGACCAAAUCUCCGCUUUACGAUCACGCUUAAUGCACUUAAUGGACGGAUAUCAGGGCCGUCCCGUCGACGAGACCAAAACCAAAGCCCAGAAUGAGCAAGUCGGGGGCAAAAGCGGAGGGUGGAGCAGCCAUGAAAAUGGAGGAAAUUCCUCCUCCAAUUCCACCCCCAAAAAACCGAGGCAUUCCAUAAUCAGGUCGCCAAGCUGUCCCAAACUGACAGGAGAUGCCCGACUGACUCUUCUCCAAUGAAUCUAGUUCAAAUUUCUUCCAGUAUAAUGUAAUUCCAAUCUAAAAAUAUGACAUUUGACAAUUUAUUAUGACUUGUACGUAAAUAUGUAUGUGUAGCUGUAGCAUAAAUACAUAGUAAUUAAUACUUUUAGCAGAAAUUAUAAGAACUCUUCUUGAAAUCAUUACACGCAGUACUUAAUAAGAUUUUAGUAACAAUCCAUAAUCAAUAAUCCUGAAGAAGCCAACAUAACGAUGAUCCAGCAACUGGGAACAAUCACACAGAAAUAGAAACAAAUUUACUGUACUUAUAUUUCACUAUUUAAUUACUAUUUAAACCUAUACUACUGCCUGCCACGUCUGCCCGUGUAUACGUAUAACAAUAUUUAUGAGAAAACCCAUGUGCAACUAUAUUGUGCAAAUACUAGAAUUUUUAACAUUAUACGAGUCGAAUCAAAUUACGAAACUUAUUAAUUUAUGAAAUGUAUUACUAGUAGUGUGACAUUUAGUUGUCUAAAAUUGAAUCGGGUUGUGCCGAGAGAGAUACAGUUUUGCUUUUAAUAUCGUGUACGUCAAUAAUACUUUACACGCGACAAACCCACCGGCAGCUAAUAAACGUGCAAUACAAUAAAUUACAGUAAAUCCAAGUA